CGAGGUAUUGCCAUUUAGAAAGGACGGCAGCAUGGUCGCGUCGUCGAGCAGCAGCAUCGUCUCGCACCGCUUCUCGGGCUUUGGCCUCUCGGGUCUCCUCACGGGCGGGCACCACCAUAGCCACGCAACACCGUCCGGUACGCAGAAGAAGAGCGCGGGCGCCAAGCGUGUCUGGCUCCGCAUCGCCUCCAACCUUGUCGCGGCCAGCGUCCUCUUGUUGUCGCUGAUUACGAUGCUCGUGCUGCUCGUCCAAGGUAUGUUUGACCGGCGCGUGGUCCAGUUCAACUACCAGACCGAUGCCAACUACUGGCGGCCGUUCGAGCAGUCGUGUCUCGUAAAUGCGCAAGGGUUUGUGCCCCACUCGUGCACAGACGACGAGCGCGCCGUGCUCAACACGGACGACGCGUGGUCGGCGCUCGGCCUUCAACUGGCGCGGACGCUCCAAGUGCCUUCACAAGACGUGUACUUUGUCACGACGUGUCUCGUUGGGUGCUUGGACGAGACGCAAUCCGCCGAGCUGCACUUGCUCGUCGGCCGCAGCUCGUACCCAGCGUGCAAGCCAACGCAGCAGCAGUCGGUGCUCGGUAUGGUCAUGGUCGAAGCCGCGGUUGUCGACAGUAUCUUCCCGGACGGCGCCUUCUUGGCGACCAUCUUUGCCGACGUCGCAGCGAGCGAGAGUGUGCCGUAUAUCAACAGCGACGGCACCGCCAACGUCGUGCUUACCAACCCGACCCGUGUCCUUGUCGGGCUGGACGGCGCGACGCAGACGUCCCCCGAUGGCCUCAACUCGAUCAUCUUUUCGUAUCCGCUCGGGUCCCGGUACUUUGUCGAGUCGCACUGCGUCUCGCAAAUCAUCGACAUUUCGCAGCUGGUGCGCAACCAAGUGGGCUACAGCGUCGGUGAAACUUCGGGCAAGGCCAUCGUACCCGGCUGGGUCUGCGGCCACAACGUCUCGAACGCGGCGGAGCUCCUCUGGUUGCAGUCGGCGACAGCGAUCGCGUCGUUUGGCGGGAUCGCCGCCGAUCUGUACAUCACAAGCAAGGGCCUUCGCGGGCUACUCCGCCACAAGCCUGUGCUGACGUAUGACAUCCUCUCGAGCCUCGAGCGACGCAAGCUGCUGCUGCUGCUCAUCGUGCUCUCGGGCGCCCCGUCGCUCUUGUACGUUGACGUGGCGCGUAUCUACUAUGGCACCGACAAUGGCGGCCGAAUCUGGCUGCUCUCGAUCCUCUCGCUCGGUAUCUUUUUCGCGUUUGGCGCCUACUUGCUGGUCGUUCUUCUGCAGUUCCUGCCGAGUCCCCGACGCCUUCUUCGCCAUCGCAUCCUUCCCGUCUCCACGAGCGUGUUCAUCUACGCUUCGAUUCCUGCGAUUAUCCUCAACAUCCACGGGUCGCACGAGCUCCUGAGCAACACCUUUUAUGACGUGCCAGGUGUCUUGCUCAUGCACAUUGGAGGCAACGACUGCGCCUGCGGAGCGUACGACACGACCGGUGUCGAGACCGCGACGGCAUACCUCUUUGGCUUUAUUGUCUGGGCGGUCGGCGGUUGCGCCGUCGCCAGCGUCGUCUACGCGGUGCUGGCCACGUAUCUUCGCAGCCAGAUCUGGUGUCUCCGCACCGAGUGGGCCAAGGAGAAUGCAUUCAUGCGCGCCUGCGGUCUCCCGCACUGGUGCUCGGGCCUCCCGCUGGACGAGGCCGACGCGAUUCGCAUUGGGAGCCGGCUCUUUUGCAAGCCCAGUAUGCAGGCGCGCAUGGGCUUUGGGACGCUGCUGCUGACGGCGCCGCACGCACGCAAGGUCCUCGCCCAAGACACCACGAGCGCCGACGAGCCCACGUACGUGCUCGUGAGCAUCUACGCGCUCUUGCCGUCGCUCCUGCCACCGUCGCUUCGGCAGAUAUCGCCGCGGAUCUUUGGUGAGAUCAAGAAGAAUACGUUGAGCCCGCCAGCCACGCGCCGCUUGCGACGCAGCACGCGGUACGAGCAGAGCGAUGGCACGUGCGUAGGGUGAGCCAUCGCGAUGCUCGUCACCAACGUAUCAAUGGCCUCUGCGCUACGUCUUGACCGCGUUGGCAGAGUCUAGUCGUUGCUAAUUUAAGGUGCAAGCAUCGAAUGUCACAGAAGUAAAUGACAAUAUUGCGCCGACAUGGUCGAC